AUGAGCUCCAGUUCGCAGCGCCCGCCGAAUGCCAGCCCCAAGCCGUCCCAGCAGUUCCUGCCACCACCGACACACCCGUCGGUGCGGAAUGCACAAUCCUCUCCUGCGGCGUAUGCAACGAGGCGAGUGCCUCCGAGUCCUCCUAGCCCAAGGCCUACGCCGCCUUCGAGGCCGGUGCCGCCUCACCCGGAACCGUCCGCUACUGCGAGCUCGCCUGCGCUGGAUGCACACGUUGUGCAGCCUGAGACGGCUACGCCUGGCACGCUCGAGCACGAGCCGUCGGAGGGUACCGAUGCGGACUCGCCUACAGAAGUGAAAGAGGAGGACGAAGAGGUGCUAUCUGAGGUGCAGCUGCGAGAGUUGUAUGACGAUGAGGAGAUCGAGAGGUUCUUGCGUCUGUUCUCUGCUUAUGUGCGUGAGGCUAGGGUCGCGCAUCCUGCGGGGAGUGGCUCGCAGACAAGCGAUGGUAGGCAAAGCGAGCAUUCCUCACCCGAAUUGGUAGUAGUACCGGGCGGAGACGAAGACGAAGCGGAGGCACCCCCGCUGCCUCCUCGCCCUGACGCAGAUCUUUGCUUGUCAGAGAGGAUCGUAAUGGAUUACCUGUUACCUCUACUACCCCCACAACAACAAAGACCACCUGCGUUCACAAUGAGACGGCUCUACUUGACCGCCGAACGCCUGUAUCUAGCCACGAUACCUGCGUAUGAACAUCUGGCCAAACGGCUCGUACACCUAUCCUCCUGGACGGACUGGAACACGAGUUUCAUCUAUUGCUCUGCCUAUUGGUUCUUGUGGUAUCACAACUUCCUGCUUCCUGCUCUCGUGCUCCGGGUGCUGUACGCCCUCAUCCGCCGCAAGCUCUUGCCCUACCCGAACCUCCAGGAGCUCCGCCAGCACCGACUCGAUGUAGAACGCGCAAAGGAGUUCAGCGCGACCGUCACAGCCCGUCUCGUUGCUGCACCGACGUACGACGUGCAAGACGUCUGGCGGCUCGUUCAAGACUUCCACAGGUCUAGAAAGCUCAAGAAGGCCGCUAGAAACAACGCAGCCGCCAAAGAUUCCGAGCAAGAUGGCAACGAGCCCGAAGCGAAGCCAGAGGAGCCUCCGCUCCCGGAGAAACCUGAAGUGGCUGAGGCAGAGACCGAUAUCAAACGGGAGCUUCUGGCAGCACUCAACUACAUUGCAGACCUUCACGAGAGGGUCAAGAAUAUCUUCAUGUGGCGCCGCCCGAUGUCGUCCCUGCUUUACGGGUUGGCUUUGUUCUUCGCCUUCUUAACGGCAUUGCUUCCUGCGAAAUACCUGUCGAAGCUCCUUGGCCUCGCGAUAGGCAUCGUCUUCUGGCUUGUAGUGCCUAUCCUUUUGGCGAUCCCCCCGUCGAGGCGCGUGAAGUAUCCGCCUCUCCUCACCGACGUCCCUACCGACGCGGAAUAUGCGAUGGAGCUCAUUUCGCAGCGCGUUGCGCGUGGUUUGGAUGUCAAGCCGAAGUCCCGAACACCGAAGCUGGGCUCCUCUUCGCUGGACGCUGACAGGCUCUCAUUGAGGACGGAAGAAGGCGACAAAUCAAUUCACUCGUUUGAUUCUUCGAGGUCCUCUGAGCCCGGCAAAUGGCGGAAAUGGGCAGGUCGCGUUGAUACAAGCAAGACGAUCGCCAAAGAUGCUACGAAGCUCUUCAAGAAUGGGCAGUGGAAAACCCCAGAAAACUGGUCAGCCCUGAAUCCGCUGGCUGCCAAGGUAGCUAUGCCGGGUGGUGCUCUAGAGUCUCGGCUUCAGACGUACACGUUCCCCGCGCAAUAUGCGAUGGCGUCCGGACUGAUCACUCUGACACCUGAUGCGCUUUUCUUCACGCCUCUGCUGUCUUCCACGGCGAGAGUCGCUAUUCCAUCGGAUGCGAUAGGCGGCAUCAAACGAACCAGUCCCAUGAGGGGACUUAACGUCCGCUGGUUCCGCCACCACGACGAUGGUCGGGAUGAAGAGCGCGAAGAAAAGUUCCUCUGGGUGGGCGACCGCGACGAGCUCUUUGCCCGACUGGUAGCGUGGGGCGGACACCGCUGGAUGAAUGUCUGA